AUGAAUGAAAUUUUAGAUCUGCAGAAAAAGGAAUCGUGCAAGGCAUACGAGGAGAGAACUUUGGCUUCAGAUAAGCUGAAUCGUGGAUUGAAGAUCAUCAUGGAGAACAAGGUGAAAGACCUGGAAACAGAGGCAGAAAUCCUGAAAAACAGCCUGAAGAUGACUGCCAAACGGCUGCAACAGAGGGAGGGCUUUCUACAGCAGAAACUUGUUCAGGAGAAGAUGAUUCGUCAGGAGUCAGAAGAAAAACUGAACUCAGAAUUUAAAGCUUCUGAACAGAAGAUAAAGAAAAUGAACAUGGAACAUGAAGAAAAAGAGAGUUCAUACAAGAACCAGUUUGAGCUACUCAAAAAAUGUUGGACUGACAUGACAACACUGCUGCACUCCACUAAAUUUGAACAUGAGAUGCUGAAGGAAUCCAGCAAGGCCUUCCAGGCAAUGGCCGUGAAUUCGGCUAAGGAAAUCUUUAGGGUCAAGACAAUCGUUGAAGAGGAGCGUAGCGCACACCACGAAGAGACGAACGCCCUCAAGACCCAGCUAAACAUGGUCACCAUUCAGGCGCAGGAAACGGAGACGACUUUACAGAACACACUUGCUCAGGAGAAGGCCCUCCUCCAGGAGACAGAGGCCAAAUUAAAGGAAACUGAUUUGGAUUGGGAAGAGAAACAGAGAUCAGACAAGGCUCAGGUGACAUAA